AUGCAUGAAAACACGUCGCCUGACCCCCAAGGCGCAUCCCCAUUAUUCAUCAUUGAUAUCACACGGAUAUUCCCGGUCAUCACUAGCCACUAUUUCAAUGCCCUUGAUGUCACUGGGAAGAUCCAUCACACAUGGUGUAGGAUCUUCGGACCUCAAUGGCUACAGGGAGCAUUUUUCGACAUGAUCCAGUCCUGCGGUGCUGAUGUUCAUAUUAUGGGUUCGCGAAAGACCGGUUCUAUGGCAGCCAAUGAACUUGAGGGGUGGCGCGGUAUAAAACUAGACGAAAUUGAAAAGAAAGCUAUGCAAUCGGUCACGAAUUUCAAGCCAAAUAUCUUUACAAAUCUUGAGAUCGACUCCUUCGGGAAACGUAUGGGCAAUUUGCUCGACUUUCUUUGGUUGGAGUGCCUUGACUCAACUGUCAUACUAUCGACUUUGCUGCUAAACACAGACCAACAAACCAAUUCUCGUAUUCUACGAGUCAAGGACCAGAUUCGGGCCUUAGUUGAGGAAAAGGCCGCCGCCGGCAGGUUUGUGAUCGUGGACAUGCAUACUGACAAAGGACCUCGAUCCAAAGACUUUGUCGAUGGAACGCACCCGGGAGACCUGGGGUACAGGAAAGUGGCCAAGAUUUGGCUCGAUGGCAUCCAAGACGCCUCGUUGAAGAAUUUCUUUGAAACCGCCAAUAGCUACUAG